AUGAUGAUGUCUGGAUAUGGUUUCUUUUGUAAUAGAAAAUUAAACACUAUUUUCACAGCUCCUCGUUACCAACCCGAAGCAAAUAACAAAGGUGCAGUCGUCUACGUCGACAAGCAAGGAAAAAUUGGCUUCAAAGUGCUCUCACCGCUAGAGCAAGCUCCGGAUCAAGGCCAAGGAGAUGACACUCCAAUAAAAGUAGCGGGACCUGACGACAAGUCUUUCCGAAUAAGAAGAGGCCAAAUGACUGGUCAACCUAGAUAG